UUCGCAUAAUUCGCGAUAUGAACGGCGCACCGAUUUUACAAUACACUUGUCGUCUCAUCGUUUAUUUAUUAAUUAUUCACUUAUAAUUCAAUAUAUAUACUUUAAUUGCUAAGACAAAUUUAGUAAAUUUUAACUUUUUAUUUAUUUAUACGUUUAAUAUUUUUUGUUGAUUAUUUACCUGUUAUAUGUCUUGUUUUUGUCAUUCAUCAUAACGCCGUGUGUGACGUACUUAGUAGUUUUUUUUUUAUUUUUAUCAGUGUACCUAUACAUAAAUUAAUUUUUCUAGCCAGUUCUUCAAUCUUAUUAGUUUAGUGUCAGUUUCAGAUUAUUAAAUUUCCGUCAAAAUGUCUCAGAUAUUACCCAUUAAGUUCCAGGAGCAUUUACAGCUUACAAAUGUUGGAAUUAAUCAAUCAAAUAUCAGCUUUAACACUCUUACAAUGGAGUCAGAUAAAUAUAUCUGUGUACGCGAGAAAACUGGUGAUGUUGCACAAGUAGUUAUUGUUGAUAUGGCUGAUCCUCAAAAUCCGAUUAGGCGUCCAAUUUCUGCCGACUCGGCAAUAAUGAAUCCAGCUAGCAAAGUUAUAGCUCUUAAAGGAAAGGCUGGUACUGAAGGAACAGCUGCUUCUCAAAAAACAUUACAAAUAUUUAACAUUGAAAUGAAGAGUAAAAUGAAAGCUCAUAUAAUGCAAGAUGAUGUUGUAUUUUGGAAAUGGAUUUCUCCUAAUACAUUGGCCCUUGUUACUGAAACAUCAGUCUUUCACUGGAGUAUGGAAGGAGAUUCUACGCCAGUAAAAAUGUUUGAUCGCCAUUCAACAUUAAAUGGUUGUCAGAUAAUUAACUAUCGAACUGAUCAAAAACAACAAUGGUUAUUGCUAAUAGGAAUUUCAGCUCAACAAAAUAGAGUCGUUGGAGCUAUGCAAUUGUACUCUGUUGAAAAAAGUUGUUCUCAACCGAUUGAAGGACAUGCAGCAUCAUUUGCAAAAUUUCAAAUGGAAGGGAAUAGAGAACCAUCAACUUUAUUUUGCUUUGCAGCUCGUACUGCAGCUGGUGGAAAAUUACAUAUUGUUGAAGUAGUUCAGACUCCUCGAGGUAAUCAACCAUUCCCCAAAAAACAAGUUGAAGUGUUUUUCCCCCCUGAAGCUCAAAAUGAUUUCCCUGUUGCCAUGCAAGUGAGCUCUAAAUUUGAUGUUAUUUAUCUCAUAACAAAAUAUGGCUAUAUACACCUGUAUGAUAUUGAAACUGCUACCUGUAUCUAUAUGAAUCGCAUUAGUGGUGAUACAAUUUUUGUAACGGCUCCACAUGAUGCUACUGGCGGUAUUAUUGGUGUUAAUCGUAAAGGUCAAGUUCUAUCUGUGAGUGUGGAAGAAGAUAACAUUAUACCAUAUAUAAAUACUGUACUACAACAUUCAGAACUGGCUUUGCGAAUGGCAGUUCGUAAUAAUUUAUCUGGUGCUGAAGAACUAUUUGUGCGAAAAUUUAAUCAACUUUUUCAAAGUUCCCAAUAUACUGAAGCAGCUAAAGUAGCUGCUAAUGCUCCUAAAGGCAUUCUUAGAACCCCAUCAACAAUACAGAAAUUUCAGCAGGUUCCUACUGCUACAAAUCAAUCUUCACCUCUUCUUCAGUAUUUUGGAAUAUUACUUGAUCAGGGAAAAUUAAACAAGUAUGAAUCAUUAGAAUUAUGUCGUCCAGUACUUGCUCAGGAUAAAAAACAACUUCUUGAAAAAUGGCUUAAAGAAGAUAAAUUAGAAUGCUCAGAAGAAUUAGGAGAUUUAGUAAAAACUGCUGAUAUAUCUUUGGCAUUAUCAGUUUAUCUCCGUGCUAAUAUACCUCCUAAAGUUGUUCAAUGUUUUGCUGAAACUGGCCAGUAUCAAAAAAUAAUUCUGUAUUCUCAAAAAAUCAGCUAUGUACCUGAUUACAUACAUUUAUUUAGAAAUGUAGUUUUAAGAUCUACUCCUGAUCAUGCUGUUGAAUUUGCACAAAUGUUAUUAUCAGAUAAUGCUGAACCUUUGGCCAACAUUAAUCAAAUUGUUGACAUUUUCAUUGAACAAAAUAUGGUCCAACAAUGCACAAAAUUUCUUUUGGAAGCAUUAAAACAUAAUCGUGAAGCAGAAGGUCCAUUACAGACCCGUUUACUUGAAAUGAACUUAAUAUCAGCUCCUCAAGUUGCUGAUGCUAUCCUUGGAAAUCAGAUGUUUACUCAUUAUGAUCGUGCUCAUGUUGCACAACUUUGUGAAAAAGCUGGUCUUUUGCAAAGAGCAUUAGAACAUUAUACAGAUUUAUAUGAUAUUAAAAGAGCAGUUGUUCAUACGCAGUUGCUAAACCCAGAUUGGUUGAUUGGAUAUUUUGGUUCUUUAAGUGUUGAAGACUCCCUUGAAUGUUUGAAAGCAAUGCUUACCAAUAAUAUUAGACAAAAUUUGCAAAUAUGUGUUAAGAUUGCUACUAAAUAUCAUGAACAACUGACUACCAAAGCUCUAAUUGAUCUAUUUGAAUCAUUUAAAAGUUAUGAAGGUCUCUUUUAUUUUUUGGGGUCUAUAGUUAAUUUUAGUCAAGAUCCAGAAGUUCACUUUAAAUAUAUUCAAGCAGCAUGCAAAACAGGUCAGAUAAAAGAAGUUGAACGUAUAUGUCGUGAAUCAACUUGUUAUAAUGCAGAAAGAGUGAAAAAUUUUUUGAAGGAAGCUAAACUUACUGAUCAAUUACCACUUAUCAUUGUGUGUGACCGUUUUAAUUUUGUACAUGAUCUUGUCUUGUAUCUGUACAGAAAUAGUCUUCAAAAGUAUAUUGAAAUUUAUGUUCAAAAAGUUAACCCCUCUCGUCUUCCAGUCGUAGUAGGGGGUCUGCUUGAUGUUGAUUGUUCAGAAGAUAUUAUUAAAAAUCUUAUACAAGUAGUUAGGGGAGAAUUUUCUACUGAUGAACUAGUUGAAGAAGUAGAAAAACGUAAUCGUCUUAAAUUACUAUCAUCUUGGCUAGAAUUGCGUGUUCAUGAUGGUAGUGAAGAGCCUGCUACUCACAAUGCUUUAGCAAAAAUUUACAUUGACAGUAAUAAUAACCCAGAAAGAUUUUUGAAGGAAAAUAAGUUCUAUGAUAGCAGAGUUGUUGGAAAAUAUUGUGAAAAACGUGAUCCUCACUUAGCUUGUGUUGCGUAUGAACGUGGAAAAUGUGACUUGGAGUUGAUAAAUGUUUGCAAUGAAAACAGCUUAUUUAAAUCUGAAGCUCGUUAUUUAGUAAGACGUCGCAAUCCAGAGCUAUGGUUGGAAGUUUUAAAUGAAAACAAUGUUUAUCGUCGUCCUCUUAUUGAUCAAGUGGUACAAACAGCUCUCUCUGAAACACAGGACCCUGAAGAUAUAUCUGUCACUGUAAAAGCUUUUAUGACUGCUGAUUUACCUAAUGAAUUAAUUGAACUAUUGGAAAAAAUAGUUUUUGAUAAUUCCCUAUUUAGUUCACAUAGAAAUUUACAAAAUUUAUUGAUAUUAACAGCAGUUAAAGCUGAUCGCACUCGUGUUAUGGAUUAUAUCAAUCGUUUAGAUAAUUAUGAUGCACCUGAUAUAGCUUCAAUUGCCAUUAACAAUGAAUUAUUUGAAGAAGCUUUUGCUAUAUUCAAAAAAUUCAAUGUUAAUCAAUCUGCAAUUCAGGUGUUGAUUGAAAAUGUUAAAAACUUAGACCGGGCAUAUGAAUUUGCUGAACGUUGCAAUGAACCUGGUGUAUGGAGUUUGUUAGCAAAAUCUCAGUUAGAAAACAUGUUUGUAAAAGAAGCUAUUGAUUCUUUUAUUAAAGCUGAUGAUCCUAGUGCAUAUAUGGACGUUGUACAAACUGCUCAUAAAACAGAAAGUUGGGAAGAUCUUGUACGUUAUCUACAAAUGUCUAGGAAAAAGGCUCGUGAAUCAUAUAUUGAAAGUGAAUUGAUUUAUGCUUAUGCAAAGACUAACAGGCUAGCUGAUCUUGAAGAAUUUAUAUCUGGACCAAAUCAUGCAGAUAUUCAAAAAAUUGGUGAUAGAUGUUUUGAUGAUGAAAUGUAUGAACCAGCUAAACUUUUAUACAACAAUGUUUCAAACUUUGCUCGUUUAGCAAUCACUCUUGUUCAUCUUAAAGAGUAUCAAGGUGCUGUGGACAGUGCACGAAAGGCUAAUAGUACUAGAACUUGGAAAGAAGUAUGCUUUGCAUGUGUUGAUAACAAUGAAUUCAGAUUAGCACAAAUGUGUGGAUUACACAUUGUAGUUCAUGCCGAUGAAUUAGAAGACCUUAUCAACUAUUAUCAAGAUCGUGGAUAUUUUGAAGAAUUAAUUAAUUUAUUAGAAGCUGCAUUAGGUUUAGAGCGAGCACAUAUGGGCAUGUUUACAGAAUUGGCUAUUUUAUAUUCUAAAUAUAAGCCAACAAAAAUGAAGGAACAUUUAGAACUCUUCUGGUCAAGAGUGAACAUUCCAAAAGUUUUAAGAGCAGCUGAACAAGCACAUUUAUGGUCUGAAUUAGUGUUUUUAUAUGACAAAUAUGAAGAAUAUGAUAAUGCUGUAUUAGCCAUGAUGAAUCAUCCUACUGAAGCUUGGCGUGAAAGUCAUUUUAAAGACAUUAUAACUAAGGUUGCUAAUUUAGAACUAUACUAUAAAGCUAUACAAUUUUACCUUGAUUACAAACCACUAUUACUCAAUGAUUUGUUAUUAGUUCUGACUCCACGGAUGGACCAUACUAGAGCAGUGACCUACUUUACAAAAACAAAUCAUUUACAAUUGGUUAAAACAUACUUGCGUUCAGUGCAAUCCUUAAACAAUAAAGCUAUUAAUGAAGCUUUGAAUAAUUUGUUGAUUGAUGAAGAAGACUACCAAGGAUUAAGAACAUCUAUUGAUGCUUUUGAUAAUUUUGACACAAUAGCACUAGCACAGAAACUUGAAAAACAUGAAUUGACUGAGUUCAGACGAAUUGCUGCUUAUUUGUAUAAAAGUAAUAAUCGAUGGAAGCAAAGUGUUGAACUUUGCAAAAAAGAUAGACUAUAUAAGGAUGCAAUGGAGUAUGCAGCAGAGUCAAAGAAUUUUGAAGUUGCUGAAGAGUUAGUGACUUGGUUUUUAGAGCGUGGAAAUUAUGAUUGUUUUGCUGCUGCUUUAUUCCAAUGUUAUGAUCUAGUUCACCCAGAUGUAGUAUUAGAAUUAGCAUGGCGACAUAAUAUUAUGGACUUUGCUAUGCCAUAUUUAAUUCAAGUCACCAGAGAAUAUGUAUCCAAAGUUGACAAACUAGAAGAAGCUGAAUCAAAACGUGUAGAAGAACACAAAGAAGAAGAUAUUAAACCUAUGAUGAUGCCUGAACCACAAUUGAUGUUAACAGCAGGUCCAUCAGUUAUGGGAAAUAUGUACUCACAAUCUUACCAAGGGACAAUUCCUCCUUCGCAAUCCUAUAUCCCUCCUAAUGUUUCAGCACCUUAUAGUACUGUAAAUAAUGCACCUUAUCAAGGUUAUGGAAUGUAAGGAAUCUAUCAUAAGUAAUCCUCCAAACAAGCAGUAUUUUAUUGAAAAACAAUGAUGGGUUCUGAAAUAUUUCAGCUAUAAAUUUACCUAAAAUAUUUAUAUUUUUUAUGUAUAAAAUACUACUUCAUUUAGAAGCAUUCCAACAAAAUAUAAUCUUUAAAAGCUUUACAAACAAAUUAUAUUUAUAUAUAAAUGUAUUCUCAUCAUUGUUAAAUAAUAUUUGCAUAGGUAAUGUUAAUAAUUUGUUAAAUUAUUAUUUGUUUAAUUUAUUAAACUUCACAACGUAACUUAUGAAUUAUAUGCAUAUACAUUUUUAAUUAUGAUUUCACGUUAAUUUUUAUAAUUUAUUUUAUUUAUAAUCGUAUCAUUAUGAUUUUUUUUUGUAAAUUAUUAUUAUUAUUAUUAUCAACAAUUUAUUUAAAAAUAUGAAAAAGUUAUAAUGGA